AUGCAAAUUUUUGUGAAAACUCUAACGGGUAAGACCAUCACCCUUGAGGUCGAGUCUUCGGACACCAUCGAAAAUGUUAAAGCUAAAAUCCAAGACAAGGAAGGCAUCCCUCCCGACCAACAACGUUUGAUCUUCGCUGGCAAGCAGCUUGAGGAUGGACGUACAUUGUCUGACUACAAUAUCCAGAAAGGUAUGUAUUUGUAAUUACAUAUAAUUAAAUAAUAAAGUUGGUUCUGGUAUCAUAAGAGUAAUUUUUGUGAUUUAAUAUACUUAUGUAGGUACUUGAAUUUGUCAAUUCUAAUUAGUCAUAAAUUAAUAAGUAGGUAUCUAUAACAUUUAGAAGGAUUGCUUAAUUUGUUGAACUGGGGCCACAGAUUACUUUCUGAAUACUACUGGUGAUUUUAUAUCCAGUGUUUCAGUUAAAAAUUGCACUCGUUAUGAUCCAGUUCAGUAUUUUGUAGACUUGCGGCAGCAGUUAAUCUAUUUUGCUAAUUUACUCUCUAAUCUGGAAAACUUAACCAGAAAUUAUGAAAUUUUGUAUUAGUGAUAGAGUUCUACCGUAUUUAAAUAGUUUGUUAGUUUAGAGUACUAGUACAGUACUACCUACUAUUGACCUAAAGUAGUCUGUGGCCCCAGUUUAGCAAAUUAGACCGAUCCACUUUUAGGUAAUUAUAAUAGAGAGGUAGUUAGUUUUUUUCCCAUUUUAAGCAGUUUUAGGAAAUUAAGAUUUAAUUACCUAUAUUAGGACAUAGUUAAUUUUUCUCUUGAUCUGUUAAAUAGAUUCAUGUCAUAAUUUUUAAUGCAUGUUAUGUUAUUAAAAUAUUUGUAAGUAAUCAUAAUAUUUAAAAUCAUAAACUCUUACUAUUAAUUUUAAAUACAUUUUUUUUUUUCACUUUUACCGGGAUAAAAAUGAUUAAUAUUGGUAGAGAAUUAUUAUACUAUUAUAUACAGUAAUAAGGGACAAAUUAUCAGACUGUGCUAAAAUAUGCUCUCUUUCAGAUUACAGUAGAUAUAAGUUUAAAAUGUUUAGCUUAUUAUGUAUAUAAAUUUUAUUUUAUUUUUUAAAUUUUAGAACAGUAUCUAAAAUGUUUGAAAAUAUUCUUUUUCAUAAGAAACUGUAUAGUUUGUGUUAUUAAAUUUAUUAUUUUAAUUUUGUUUAGAAUCUACAUUGCAUUUGGUAUUACGUCUUCGUGGUGGUGUUAUUGAGCCUACUCUCCGUUUGUUGGCGCAAAAGUACAACUGUGACAAGAUGAUCUGCCGAAAAUGCUAUGCUCGUCUUCACCCAAGAGCCACUAACUGCCGUAAGAAGAAGUGUGGACACACAAACAACUUGCGUCCAAAAAAGAAGUUGAAGUAA